GAGUGUAGACGUGUUUCCGUAUUAAAGAAAAGUUUUAAUAUGUUUACGAUUCAUCAGUGUUUACAAACAGUGAUUUAGUGACUGAAUUGUUUACUAUGAUAUACUAAGUUAAUGUUUCGUUGCUGUGACACGUUGCAAUGGCUCGGAUAAUUUUCUUUAUGCUGUUUGGUGUGUGGCUGGUGGCUGCAGAUCAGGAGACUGAAGGUGGAAAAUGUGAGAGGAUCAAGCUGCCCCUCUGUCAAGAUUUGGGAUACAAUUGGACUGCCAUGCCAAACCUCAUGGGACAUAAAGAUCAGAAAGAGGCUGAAGAUGCGAUGGUGAUGUUCGCCGGCAUCCUCACGAGCGGUUGUUCGCCGCACGCCCGCUUCCUCCUGUGCUCGGCGUUCGCGCCGCUAUGCUCGGAGCAGGUGUCGGGGUCGGUGAGCGCGUGCCGGGCGCUGUGCGAGUCCGUGUCCGACGAGUGCGCGGAGCGACUGCGCGCGCUGCCGCCGCGCCUCGCCCUCGACUGCGCGGCGUUCCCGCGGCGCGCCGACCGCCGCCUGUGCAUGCGUCCACCGAACGCGAGCGAGCUCGAGCCGGAGCCGCCGCCGCCGCCGCGCUGGCCGUUCCGCGACCCCGAGCUCGGCGACCACGGCUGCCCGCCGGCGCACACGCGCGCGCCCACCGGCGACUGCUGGCCCGCCUGCGGCUCGCCCGCCGCCUACACGCAGCCCGAGAAGCGCACCGCCGAGCUGUGGAUGAUCACGCUCGCCUGGAUUUCGCUGCUGUCGACCACGUUCGCGCUGCUCACUUUCUGCGCGGAGCCGUCGAGGUACCGGUACCCGGAGCGGCCAGUCGUCUGGAUGGCGGCGUGCCACGCGGUCGUCGCGCUAGCCUACGUGACGCGAGGCUGGCUCGGUCCGCGGCCGAUCUCGUGCGCGGGCGCCGCGCUCGCCGUCGACGGGCUCGCGUCGCCGACGUGCGUCGCAUUCUUCGCGCUCACUUACUACUUCACUCUCGCGGCGGACGCGUGGUUCGCGAACGCGUGCGUCGCGUGGUACCUGACGGCGGCGAGCGAGUGGUCGACGGAGGCGCUCGAGCGGGCGGCGGCGUACCUGCACGCGGUAGCCUGGGGCUGGGCGGGCGCGUGGACCGCCGCCGCGCUCGCGCUCCGGCGCGUCACCGCCGACGAACUGACCGGCACGUGCGGCGUGGCGGACGAGGCGGCCGCCGCGCUCGUGGGCGUCCCGCGGGGCGCGCUGCUGGCGGCGGCGGCCGCGCUGGCGGCGGGCGCGGGGCCGGGCAUCGUGCGCGUGCGGCGCGCGCUGGACGCGCGAGGGGCGCGGCGCGUGGGGCGAUUGGCGAUACGCGCAGCGUUGGCGGGCUUGCUGUACCUGGCGCUGGCGGCGCUGGCGGCAGGUGCGGCGCUGGCGGCGGGCGCAGGAGGGGGCGGGCGCUCCCUGGCGGCGGGAGCGUGCGCGGCGGGCGGGGCGGGAGCGGGCGCGUGGGCGUGGUCGCGCAAGUCGGCGGCGGUGUGGCGACGGGCGCUGUGUCCCCCGCGGAAGGCCCCGUGUUGCUCCCCGCCCCUCCUGCGCCCGCCGCACCCUUACUAUAAGAGACCUCUGCCGGUGUCGCGCGUGUGACGAAUCGCGAGUGAAAACUGUUUCAACUAUUUAUGACUACAAACAUUUCGCAGUGAGAUCCCUAGUGUCCUGUUGCCUUCCGUGAAGGCGUUCUCGAUUUGUAAAUAUGUAUGUAAAUAUUGUAAAUGUUGAUUAUAUUCUGUUGACUAUUUAUUGAAUCGUUUCAUUUUCGUACCUAAAAUAUUAACAGCUCGAGUGAGCCGAACGCGCCGCUUAAGCAAAAGGUAAAUUCAAAGUAUCAAAAACUUAUAUAUGUUAAACACUUUUAUUAAUAAAUCGUUAAACAUACGAUAUAAAUUACAGUUACACUUUUCCUGUAGAUACUCUCUAUACAAAACUGAACUUUACUAUGAUACAUAAUGUACAAACUUUACAAUUCAAAACUAUAACCCUUGAAUUAUUUCCAUAUAAAAAAAAAACAUCGAUAUAGUGAAUUACAUUUACAGAACUUCUUUUUGAAAGAAAUGAAUAUAGCACAUAUGAACCAAUAACACAUAAUACACUAGAAUGGCCUGGAAUGUACGAAUCAGAUAAUUGAAUUAGAGCUGUAUGUUACAUAAGAUCGCUAGAUGAUACUAAUCACACAUAUCAGAUUUGAUCUAAACUUGGAAUAGCGAAUAUUAACUUCGCUGCCACAACUUGAUCAUCACACUACAGUUGCCGACAGCCAAAUAAACAAAUGCCUCGUACUACAAUAAACCACAGAUACACAUAAACUAUUAUCAUAAUACAUACGUAUUACAACGUAUUCUGAACCUAACUUUGAAAAUUA